CCUUCCGUUGAUUGAUUUCCCUCUGUGGAACCUAAUUUUGAGACGAAUUGAAAAUUUCCUCAAUUUCUUCGGCUCCUUUUCGCAAAGAUAAAUUUCGUAUUUAGAGUUUCAAAUGUAAGUGAUUUGCAGCGAAGAUCGCUCGCAUCCCUAUUGAUUACGCGUUUUACGAUCCUCUCGUCGACGCUGCUGGGGGAGAGGGUAGAGGGAGAAAAACAAUCAUGGCUAAUCCUCUGUGGCGGCUUUGCGGUUUUGCAUAACGGGGCGCUGCAACAAGCCAACUUGGUCUCGUUCGCUUCACUCUCGAUUCAAUUUUUAAACAGUCCCACGCGGAGUUCUGCGUGGAGCACCAUCGGUCUGUUCGGUCGCCUGCGGUUUGCAGCGGUAGGCAACUUGCUGGAAUGAUAAAAUGGACAACUUCGCCUUCCCUUCGAGUGAACCCUCCGCCCUGCACCCCAACCACCUGCCCCCAGUGUCCCCUUCCGAGACUCCAGGGCAGCCGGGUCGCCGCACUCCCCUGAGCGCCGUGGGCCUCGCCGGUUUCUACUUUCCGUCCCCGGGGGCCUCCUCGGCCCACCACCACCAUGCAAACCCGUCGGCCUCUGGUGCUGGCCUGCCCUACCACCACGGGCCCAGCGGCAGCGGCACUUACCACUUGAUGGGCGCCAGACACCAAAACGAGAACCACCAGCCACCCUCGGGCAACCCUUUCCGCACCAACAACUCCAGCUCGAGUUCGUCCUCACCUGCCAAUUCGCCGCCUCCAGUGCCCAGCAUGAGAAGAAUUCCCCAACCACCUGGUGCGGGGCCUUCUGGUAAAAAGGGGCGACAGGGUAAGACCGUUCGACUGAAUAUAAACGCCAGGGAGCGCAGGCGGAUGCACGAUUUGAAUGAUGCUCUGGACGAACUGAGGAGUGUCAUUCCAUACGCUCAUUCACCUAGUGUCAGGAAGCUGUCCAAAAUUGCCACCCUCCUGCUUGCUAAAAACUACAUUUUGAUGCAGGCAAACGCACUGGAAGAAUUGCGGCGCUUAAUCGCCUACUUGCAACAAACGGCCGCUCCAGUGGCAAGUUCCAGCUACGAGCUGGCAGCCGCUGCAGCCAUAGCGUCUGGUUUUGGGAACGCGGCCAGCAAUACCUCCACGUCCGAAGCACUGAGUCCAGCAGCCGAUCCGCCUGCAACGGAGGCUUCACCCACGACCUCUGAUGAACAAAGCCAAGCCGAGUAAAUUUUCUAGUCAAUGAAAAUACAAACCAAAUAGAGUAGUAUUUUCGCGUGAAAGAUGUAAGAUUUUAACUCUAAUACUUAAUUAAUGUAAAAAGCGGUAAAAAAUGUUACAUUCAUUGUAAAAUUUUGUUUCAAUAAUUUUUUAAAAGUCUCAGAUAAAGAAAAAAAUUGACUGAUGAUUAAAAAUGUGUAACAAACGUUUAAUCAGGUAAACAAGCUCUAGUCACGAGAAUAAGACAUUUAUUUUACAUUUAACAGAUUAUUAUAAUUUUAUGAAUUUAAAAAUAUUUAUGUCACUCCACCUUAAUAAAUUCUUUAAAACUAUUAAAUAAUAAGAAGUAAUACCGAUUUUAAUUGGAAGAAAUAAAAACAAUGCAUUGAAUUUAUUACUAUGCAAUAUUUCUGCUAAUUUUAAAGAUAUUACGAUAAUAUUAUAUUAUAUUAAUGUAAUACUAAGAUACUUGAUAUAGCCAGAAGGAACGUUUGGUUUACCUACUGUAAAUGGCCUUAAAAGUUUACUCACAAUUAGUAUUCUGAAGUGGAUCUGAAAUUCUGAUGAUUUAAUAAAAUAAUAAAUAAA